AAUUUUUUAAUCUUCAAGAAGAAAAAUUCAGAAAUUCAGGAAGGAUAUUUUUCAAAUUAAAAAAAAAGAAAAAUUCCGAAAUUCAGGAAUGAUUUUUUCAACUUCCAAGAAAAAAUCCAGGACACAACUAGGAAAACAUUUUUAAAUCUCCUAAUCUAAGAAUAAACAAUGAAAAUUAAAAAAAAAACUGACUUCUAGAAAAAAGAUAGAAAAAUAUAGAAAUAAAAAAAAAAGGAUCAAAUUCAUCCAAACCUGCAAGGAAUAUUUUAAAAAGAAAAAUUCUAGAAUAUCUCUUUGGAAUUUUACAAAAAAAAAAAAAAAAAACCUCGAUAGCUCCAAUAUUUUUGCUAUGAAUUGUUUAUAGACUUGUUAAUAUUUUACAUGUUUAUUACACAAAUAAGAAUUUUAAGACUGUUUCAAAGCCAAAUAUAUUUUAUAAAGUGUGUUAAAGAAGAAUUUGAUGAACCCAAAAUGAGGAAAAUCAUCACAUCAUCCAGGAAAGUUAACAUCCAGCAAAAAUGAAAAAUCGACAUCACCAUCUGCAUUUAAUAAAUUAUCAAUAUUUACCAAAAAUACAUGAGAUUGUUAUAAAAAAAAAAAAAAAAAAAUUGUUGAGAAUAUAAUUUCUACUGAGAGUUUAAAAGAAAAAAAAAGAGAAGAAUUUCUUGAUUCAACUCGGGAAAUUCCGCGAAUUUCGUUUCCCGCGAUAAAAGUGUGUGUCCGAAAGUGUGUGUACAUUCCCGCCAUUAUCGUUGAAAAUUAUUCAAAAUGGCGGCCUCCCCUCUCCAAAUAAUGGACUCGUCCGUCCUUCCCCAAUAAAACGUGUCACUAAUCUCGUAAACGCGAGAGCACUUGCACGUCAAAACAAUCGGGAAAAAUUGGAAAAAAUCCAUCUCGAUUUAUCAGCCGAAUGGAAAAACAAAAGAAAAUCGAUUUCUCGUAAAAUAGUGUGACUCUCGUGUUCUGUUUGGAAUCGGCCAUUUUCCCACGGGGAGUGUCGGUUGUUGACGGCCGCGAAAUAUUUGCAUCGAUUUACACCAGUCAUGUGGAUUACCUCGCGAAGUGUUUUUAAAAUUAAUUUAACCUCAAAAUUAAUUUUCCAUCGGUGAAAUAUAAUUCUGGUGCAUCAGGAAGUGUCAAUUUUCGUCUUGGUUGGAAAUGUCACGUGACUUGGCGGAGCCAAUCGUAGCGACGGGAUUUGAAAAUCGUGCGUGGUCUUUGUUCAACGAGUCGUUCGUCUCAGUUCCGAAAAGGGGCCCUUGUGUCGGUGUCCGUUUAUGAAUGGUUGCUGCCGAAAAUCGCCUAAAUUUCCUCGAAAUAUAUGUGUGAAAGUGUAAUCUGGACUCGAGGACGACGUACUCUAAGGCUCGUCGAAGACACGUCGUGUGAAUGUUGGAUACAGAGAGCAGACACAGCACAGGGCUGGAUCAGGGACCGUCUAGGGACCCUUGGCUCACCAUGGAUUACUAUCUAGGAACUGACAGCCUAUCGCUCCAAGAAAUGUUGGAUGUUGAUAUCAAGUGCGAAAUGGAGGGAUUUAUUGGUGGUCAUCCCGAGCUAGGAUUCAACUUUACGGAUCUGUCGCCCCUAGAAUUGGACGACGAUCCUGUGGGAUGCCAGAAUGACCUCAACGGCUGGUUCGGUGGGGCGACGAGUCUCCUUAAUGGCAAUAGCAAUAGUUCAACCAGCAAUUUCAACCUUGAUCUCAGUGGUGGCGAUGCAGCCUCGGUGAUGGUGAAUCCAAAUUCCGUGAUGCCACACAUGUCGGUUCGCAGUCCAUCGCCCAGCAGUAGACGUCACUUUGCCUUCUCUCCGACAAACGACAUCAAAGAGGAGAAGGUCGACGUCGAGGAUGACAUGGACAAUGAACUUUUGGAACUCGAAAAUGAUCUUGAGAAUGAGAAUGACAAUGAUAAUGAGAACGAGAAUGAUAAUGAUGACACCGAGACGGAGCAGUACGAGAAUGACAUUACGGAGACGGAGGACGACGACGAGGAUGAGGAGGAUGAGGAGGAGGAGGAGGAAAUGAAACCUGCUGCUCCAUCGAUAAAGGCCAAGUCGUUAAUUUUACCAACGAGCACGAUAAAAACGAUGUCGCCGCAAAUCGGCAAGUCGCAUUCGGCGCCGAAGAUGAGCAUCGGGAGUAUAAGAGUGCAGAAUUACAAAGUUAUUCAGAGUCCGAGUCAAGCGCCACAUGUUAGGAAACAAAUAUACAAUAAUAAUGUGCACGUCAGUUCGAAUUCCGCUGCCGUCCAGACCAAGAGGGAUAAAGACUUUGAUCUGUCCGAUUACGAGGACAAACCUUACCCCAAGCCCGCCUAUUCCUACUCCUGCUUGAUAGCGAUGGCCUUAAAAAAUAGUCAAACGGGAUCUCUUCCCGUCUCGGAAAUCUACAAUUUUAUGUGCGAGCACUUUCCCUACUUUAAAACGGCGCCAAACGGCUGGAAGAACUCGGUCAGGCACAAUCUGUCGCUAAACAAGUGCUUUGAAAAAAUCGAGAAACCGGCAGGAAACGGUAAUCAGAGGAAGGGCUGCCUCUGGGCGAUAAAUCCCGAGAAAAUUGCCAAAAUGGACGAGGAGGUGCAAAAGUGGUCGCGAAAGGAUCCACUUGCGAUCAAAAAGGCAAUGGUCUAUCCCGAUCAGCUCGAACUUUUGGAACGGGGCGAGAUGAAGUACGCGAGCAAUGGCGACCUCUCGGCCGAGGAGUCGGAAAGUUCGGGCGACGAGACCGCCGAGGAGAGUAGUCCGGCCUAUGACGAGCAGCCGUCUGUCGGUCACAGUCACAGUCACAAUCACAGUCACAGUCAUCACAUUGCCGCGAAUUCUGUGACGGACAGCUACGACGAGAGCAGCCAGGACUGCGACAUUGACAUCACCGAGCACCUCUACGACGAGAUUGAGAUCGAGGAGAACAAGGAGGCGCUGCACAUGCAGCUCAACAUCACCAAGCAGGAAUCCGCCUCGUUUGGCUACGAGCUCAGUCCGAGCAGCAAGAGGCAGAAGACAGCCAUCGGCGGAACCACGACGACGACCACCACCACCACCCCCCUUCAGGGAAACUACGUCUACCAGUCGGUAUCAUCCUCUCGGAGGAAAACGCCUCUUCUUCUCAGACCGGGUCCAAACGCUGGUUGGAAUACUCAAUCGCAUGAAAAUGAUGAUCGUGUCGUGUUUGUCGCUGAUUAG